AUGAAAUAUUUAAUAUCUUAUUAUAUACUAUUUUUGUUUGUCAUAAUUUUAUCUGUAACAUACUCAAUGUCAUUUGAUGGUCCAGUUAUUACAAUUGAAAAAGAUGAAGCAAUGCCAAAAGAUAUAUUGUUUAAUCAAGAUUCCAUAGAAACUGACAUAUAUAUUAAAGAAAAUAAUAUUAAUAGUAAUAAAAGUUUCAUACAAAAUAAUAAUAAUAAUAAUUCUUCAAUGAAUUCAACAACACUUAAUGAUCAAAAACAAAAUGUUGUUGAUAAUAUAACACCUAAAUCUGCAACACGUAAUUCUUCUAAUUUUUAUACUUCGCAAGGAAUAUUUAUAUUAAUAUUAAUGUUAUUAUUAAAAAAAUUUUUAUAA